AUGACAAAGUCCGAUCUGACUCGGGAAAUGGGACUGAAAAAGGAGCUGGGUGCCUGCUGUUUGUGCAGUACGAGUAAACUUUGUCCAAUUUGCUUUAGUGAUUAUUUUACAUGCUUGUUGUUGGCUAUUGGUUUGCUGUCUGUUAACUUGUUAGAUACUGCUGAAAUACAAUUAAUCUUUCUAGUCAAAGGGGGAGGGUUGUGUUCAGUUUAUGGGAUUAAAACGGCUUUGCAAGUGGUAGAAUGUACCAACUUGUUGCAUAUGUUACUCAUUGCAUAAUUUCCAGGAAAGCAUCAAUAGUGGUGUAUGGUGUAGUAAGGCAUGUGUAUGCUAUCUACAUAAUCUAUCACUGAACCUACAUACGUUGUUUCUAAUGAGAUUUCUCAUUCCAGAACAUCUGGCAGAUGUAGAUAAAAACCAGACGAUGACAUAAGUUGAAGGUACCUUGCUAUUAGGAACAAUUUAGAAAUUGUAGAGGAUAUUUUGAGCAAUUGAUGUCCUUUCGGUGAGGAUAUGCGAUGCUGGCCAUUUUUCUUUUUCUUUUCAGUAAUGUAAAUAACAUUAUAUCACUUUUUAGAAAAAUAUGAGAUUCCUAUGUCUCACUAAGAGGAUGUGAUCAAUUCUGUCCGAAUCUUUGCUGGUACGGUUAUUUUUUUGAAACCAAAUUCAGAAUUUUAUUUCAUCCUUGUAGAAUAGCAACGUUCUCCUACCGAAAAAAUGUCCCAAGCUCCUUUGUUUCCCAAUGCAUAUUUUCCUCCAGAUUCUGGAGACUGAAGCCUGAUGAACCGAUUCUUGGUUUUUAUGAAUCUGGUGGAGCAUGCAUAUUUCUUAAUUUGUAUCUGCUGAUCCGGAAUUUCAUCAUGCCGUCUCUUCCUCACUGCUAUUCUCAGUAGAUGCCUUCUUUUCCAUUCCCCCUUUCAACAUCUAAUGAUCAAAAAAAUUCCUUACAGACAACUGAGGAACCCAUGUUUCACUCUGCACCAAAAUAGUAGUUGUGGAUGAUUCUUCUAAUGGCAACAUGAAUGUGAAAAUACUAGUCUCAUCAUAUGGGAGAUCUGGAGGCAUUUAGAAAUGAACCAGUUUUUUCUCCAUUGGUCAUUGCUAUUGUUUUAGCACGUGUUCUACAAUACAACACGAGUUGCAAUGAAGAUAGUUUAUGUAGGGACUGCAUUCCUAGGAUUUAAUUCCCCUCUUGGGCAAAAGUUUUAGAACGUGCCUCGUCCUCUAUGAAAGAGGAACCGUAAUGUCAUCAGAUUCACGUGGUGAUCACCAGCGGGAAAUGAUAAAAUGUGUCACGAUUGUGUUCUAUUCGUUUCUCACCCUUUGUUUUUGUCUCCUGGUGAAGAAAUCAUUCAUUAAUCUGUUAGUUCGUGGUCGUCUACCAAAAUUAAGGCAGACUUGUUAACCUUCUAUGAACUUUUCGUAAGUCUGUGAGACCAGCUGCCCUGAACUGGUCAACCUCUGAUAGGCGCUGACUUUUUUGCACAGGUCUCUCUUGAAUGGCCUGGGCUGCCAGCAGGUGUGAAGUUUGAUCCCUCGGAUUUAGAGCUUGUAGAACACUUGGCUGGAAAAGUUGGUCACGGAAAUUCCAAGGCCCAUGUGUUUAUUGACGAAUUCAUUCCAACGCUUGAAGAGGAUGAAGGGAUUUGCUAUACACAUCCUGAAAACCUUCCUGGUGAGGGAGCUUUCAGAUUCCAGAGGGUUUCUUUCUUUCUUUCUCCCCUGCAUGCACAGGUUCUUAUACUCAUGCUGCUUGCCUCGAAGCUUUUCAGGGGUGAAGAAGGAUGGAAGUAGCGCUCAUUUCUUCCACAGGACAUCAAAUGCGUACUCGACUGGUCACCGGAAGCGGCGCAAGAUCCAAAAUAGGUUUAAUUUAUCUGACGAUCAUGUUAGGUGGCAUAAAACUGGAAAGACCAGGCCCGUCAUGGAGAAUGGCGUUCAGAGAGGGCUCAAGAAGAUAAUGGUUCUCUAUAAAAGCUCUAAGAAGGGGUUUAAGCCGGUUAAAACCAGCUGGGUCAUGCACCAGUACCAUCUUGGGACUGAAGAGGAUGAAAGGGAAGGUGAAUUGGUGGUUUCAAAGAUUUUCUUCCAAUCCCAGGUGAAGCAAACAGAGGAGAUCGCCGUGGAUGCGGCAGCGCAGGAUGACCUUGAGAAGCUGACAGCUGCUGUUUCUCCAAGGACUCCCAAGACAAGCACUCCAUAUCCGCCCCGGGCGGCCAAAAAAUGCAGAUAUGAUGAGGGUGAUGAAGAUAACAUCGAGGUUUCUGCCAAACAGGUAACUUUUCAUUGA